AACCCACCAACAACAUAAAUAACGGAAGUCUACGAAUAUGGCAGCAAAACUUAAACGCUUCGAUGGCCGCACAAGAAGCCCCUCCUCAACGGCCCCAAGAUCAUGGAAUGGGACAUCAUCGUUAUUCAAGAACCGUACAUCAACUUCUUACGCAACACAAGGGCCAACCACAGAUGAUCAACUUCCCAUCAUCAGACAUAGUUCUACUACAACUCACCAGCCCGCUCGGCAAAUGUACCAUCUUCAACAUAUACAACGACGGUGAGAAGCAAGACACACUCGCAGCCAUGGACGCCUACCUAGAACAAAACAUCGCAACCCUCCGCCCAACCACCGAAGACCACAUGCUAUGGUUAGGCGACUUCAACAGACACCAUCCCCUCUGGGAAGAAAUCCGCAACCGCCACCUCUUCAACUACACACAUCCCAACCGCUCAUCAACUUACUCGCCGACUAUGGAAUGCUACAACUGCUCCCGCUAGGCCUCCCGACCCUUCAAUCCUCAAGCACGAAAAACUGGACCAGACCAGACAAACUCCUUCGGAACGGAACACCUCCUCGACGCGAUCAUCUCAUGUACCACAGCCCCAGAACUGAGAGGACCCAAGACCGACCAUAUACCAAUCCAACUCGUUCUCGACAUGAACAUCCCGAAAACACACGCGGAACCACGCAAGAACUGGAGAGAAGUAGAUUGGGAGGAAUUCAACACAACGCUAAGCAACUCUCUCGCAAAUCACCCCCCCCGCUACCUCUGGCGUCUGACGAGGAAUUUCAACUCACCGCAGAACUCAUCACCCGUAGUAUAACACAAGCUAUGAAGAAACACGUACCCAACUCCAAACCCUGCCCGCACUCAAAACGAUGGUGGACCAAAGACCUCAGCAAACUACGCAAAAAAGUAAUGAAACUACACCGCACCGCCUAUCAGAUGAGAAGCCUCUCCCACCACGAAGUCCACGAAGAACUGAAGAAGACGAAGAACGAAUACGCGAACCCUUAUCCAAGAAACCAAGAAGCAACACUGGCAAGACUGGCUAGAGGACAUCGAGGGCAACGAUAUCUGGACCGCCAACCGCUACGUCACAUCGACCCCAAACGACGGAGGAAAAACAAGAAUCCCCACCUUAACGAAAGCAAACCCCCGACGGAACGACUACCACAGCAAGCACGAACGAAGAGAAGAGCCAAAUGAUAGCCCAAGCCCUAUUCCCAUUACCUCCGCUAACAGACAAUGUACCGACUGACUACGCCUACCCAGAUCCAAUAGCAAGACACACCCCAUUUACCAAGGACCAAAUCACCAAAGCCAUAACGAACCUCAGCGGAUUCAAAGCUCCAGGACCCA